CUCCUCCUCAUUGUUGGUUGCCUAGUCAGUCAGAUGUUUAGACUUGAUCUGGCCCUUGUCUACUUACUCAGACCUUCUCAAGAACCCGGGAUAGGCAAAUGUUGCUGUUUAAUAACACUAAAGCUGUUCUGUUACUACUAUUAUUAUUUCUAUACUUAGAAAUCCAAUGUAUUGUUCACAGAAUCCACACACUUGCUUUGCAAACAGAACAGCAAAAACUGGAUUCUUUGAAGUUGCGGAAUUUCAGGUGUAGGUGGAGAAAAUGCACCGUCUAACCAUUUCCCUCUUUCUUUGUCCUGCUCCCGCAGGGCGAUUCAGAGCCCAGGUAUAAGUGCCACGUCUGUGACAAAUGUUUCACCCGCGGUAACAACCUGACCGUCCACCUCAGAAAGAAGCACCAGUUCAAGUGGCCGUCAGGUCACCCUCGUUUCAGGUACAAAGAACACGAGGAUGGGUACAUGCGCCUUCAGCUGGUGAGGUACGAAAGCGUGGAACUGACCGAGCAGCUUCUGAAGGACCGGGAGAAGCAGGGAGAGUCGCUGGAUGACGCAGCCCAGUGCGUGGUGCUGGCCGGGUCGGAAGGCGGCUUACAGGGCAUCAUCCUGGACUCGCCCACAGAGGAGCCGACGGAGGCCGAUUUGCCAGCUCCUCUGCCAACCGAGAGCUCCGUCCCGUCGUGUGCCAGCGAGUCUCCGGAUGGCGAUCCGAGCGCCCCUCCCAGCCCGAUCAUCCGGGUGGUGAAUAGGACCAACGAGCACGGAGAGAGCGAGACGGUUUACUACGUGAUGGCCAACGCCCCCUCGGAGACCCGGGCAGCUGUGCCUAGCGGGCUCGUUCCAGAGCCAGAGGAGAACGUGAUGGACAGGCUGCAGAAGACGGCCGAGGAACUGGGCAUUCAGAUUCUCUGAGGCUGCCCCCCCACACCCCGCGUGGCACCCCCGGGGUCUCACCCUGGGUGGACCUUCCGAAUUUGCCAGCGCAAAUCUGAUUGCUUGCCAAAAUGGACUUUCUUGAAACGGAGGUGAGAGCUGGAUGGAAGGCUUCCCACAAGAGAUAAAUACACACACAAACACCCACAAACACACACACACACAAGCCCUUUGUUGGCUCCCUUCAACCGAGGAUCUGGUUUGCACAUACCUCAAGUCAGGGGUAAUCUGGUAAGGGAAGCUUUAAGGCAAUUCCUCUGGAAGGGGAC